GCGAUACCCUUUCCCCUCUAUCUCACUAUGAUGGGUUUUUUUCUUUCUAACUUUUAGCUACUAUAGCUAAGUUUGUACCUUCAUUUUGCAGUGCCUUUUACACAGACAGUCAUUAUAUAUAUUUUUUUUUAACGUUUUCCAUCAUGUUCACGACUACCGGUUCCCGAGGGCUCGAUAAGGCCCCCCUGUCUAAAGGUCUCCUCCUGGUCCUCAGUGGUCUGACUGUCGUGCUAACCCUCCUGCCACAGUACAAUCACCUGUUCACCUACAGCCUGCAGGCCAUCACGCUGCAGCACCAGGUAUGGCGGUUAGUGUGUGGCAGACUGAUCUGUCUGGACCUAAAGGACACCUUCUGCAACAGUCUGCUCAUCUACAACUUCCGCAUCUUGGAGAGACGGUUCGGCAGCAGAAAAUUUGCUUCCUUCCUGUUUGGGACGUGGGUGCUCACUGCACUGGUGGACUUCCUGCUGUCCGAAGCGUUUCUCUACCUGUUUGACUACCAGGUGUCUGAGCUGCCUGCCGGACUGCUAGGCCCAGUGUUCAGCCUGUUUGUACCUUUCUACUCCUCCAUCCCCAAGGUUCCAGUCACUCAACUCCUUGGUCAGAUCUCCAUAACUAACAAGUCCCUGGUUUACAUUGUAGGCCUGCAGCUCCUGACCUCCAGUCCGUUCAUGUGGCUCGUUGCUCUCAGUGGACUGGUCUCUGGGAAGCUGUACCACGGAAACGCUCUGAGGGUGCAGCGGCUGCUCUUCGUACCCCGCUGGCUGUCCCGUGUAGGGGCCUUCGUCCUGGAGCCCCUGUUCUCCGGGCCCCCGCCCCCCAAUGAACCCCUGGGUAUGGGGGCUACUCUGGACAUCCAGAGACAGCAGAGGAUGGAUCUCCAUGAUCAACAGAUGCUGCUGGCCCAGUUCCAUCAGGCCAGGAGGAACCACAGACCACCACAGAAUGGCCUAAUGAACUGGAACAGAUUUUUCCCAUCGCUGAGACACAGAGGACAGAACCUUCCCCCAGAGCCACAACCACACCCCUCUCCACCGCUGCAGCCACACCCCUCUCCACAGCAGCUCCACCCUUCUCCACAGCAGCUCCACCCCUCUCCACAGCAGCCACACCCCUCUCUACAGCAGCUCCACCCCACAGCUCCUCCCUUGGUCAACACUCCUGUAGCUGAAGAACAGGUUGCCAGAUUGAUGGAGAUGGGCUUCUCCAGAAUAGAUGCUCAGGAUGCCCUCAGAGCGUCCAACAACGACAUCAACGUGGCAACCAACUUUCUACUGCAGCAUUUAGGGUAGGGAGGAGUCUGAAAGAUGUAGAACCUGAGAGAGAAAAACAACAGAGGGAACAGAAUGAAGUGUGUGGCUGAUCCAGUGAGCAGG